CAAAUGUAAAUUACAGGCGAGGGCCUAUAAACAAACAUAUAACCCUGUUUGGCACAGCUACCUCUUACUUACCGCUGGGACAUCCAGUUGACAUAGUGUCCUUUGUGUUGUUACACCGUGAACUACUGACUGCAAUAAGCUACGAACUCAGGUUUGGUUAACCGACAACUGGUGAUGGCACAGGAUGAAGUUAACCAGAUUGUGACUACUAAUGUCCGUGUCAAGCAGCAAUGGCUGGAUGUGAACCUGAAUUGGAAUCCAGAUGACUAUGGUGGCAUCAGGAAGAUCAGAAUCCCUUCAAGUGACAUAUGGAAACCUGACCUGGUGUUAUAUAACAAUGCCGAUGGUGAUUUUGCCAUCAUCCAUGAAACUAAAGUCCUGCUGGAGCACGACGGGAAGAUAACAUGGACUCCUCCCGCCAUCUUUAAGAGCUACUGUGAGAUUAUUGUCCUCCAUUUCCCAUUUGACCUGCAGAACUGUAGCAUGAAACUAGGAACCUGGACGUAUGAUGGAACAGUGGUUGACAUCACACCAGACCACGAUCGACCAGACCUCAGUAUCUUCAUGGAGUCGGGUGAAUGGGUGAUAAAGGACUACAGGAGCUGGAAACACUGGGUUCGCUACAACUGCUGUCCUGACACACCAUACCUGGAUAUCACUUACCAUUUCCUGAUGCUGCGGCUGCCUCUCUACUUCAUUGUCAAUGUCAUCAUUCCCUGCAUGCUGUUCUCUUUUCUCACCGGGCUAGUCUUCUACCUGCCUACUGACUCUGGUGAAAAGAUGACUCUCUCCAUCUCUGUCCUGCUUUCUCUGACUGUCUUCCUGCUGGUUAUUGUGGAGCUGAUCCCCUCCACCUCCAGUGCUGUUCCUCUCAUAGGGAAAUACAUGCUGUUCACAAUGGUGUUUGUCAUCGCCUCUAUCAUCAUCACUGUCAUCGUCAUCAAUACACAUCACCGCUCGCCCAGCACACACACCAUGCCCGCGUGGAUCCGCAAGGUCUUCAUUGAAACCAUUCCCAACAUGAUGUUCUUCUCAACAAUGAAGCGUCCCAGUCAGGAGAUCCGGCAGAAGAGGUUGUUCCCUACUGACAUGGACAUCUCGGACAUCUCAGGUAACCCCACCCCAACCAGUGUCACCUACCAGUCUCCCAUUGUUAAAAACCCUGAUGUUCGCAGCGCCAUUGAAGGGGUUAAGUACAUCGCUGAGACCAUGAAGUCAGACGAGGAAUCUAACAAUGCAGCAGAGGAGUGGAAGUUUGUUGCCAUGGUUUUGGACCACAUCCUCCUCUGUGUGUUUAUGGCAGUGUGCAUCAUCGGGACGAUUGCCGUCUUUGCUGGGAGGCUCAUUGAACUCAACAUGCUGUAGAGACCUGGCCCAUAAAGCCGCAUGUGUAUUGUCAGAAUAGACAUCACACUUGGAGACUUGCAAGAAGAGUUUCCACCAGUGGACUGGUUCAGGUUGUAUUUUUUCUCUUCCUGUCUCUGUCUCUCACAAACAGACACGGUUUGAUUUGAUUUUUAAAUGGGGUAAAAUGCUCUCACUCAAAUGUUUGUGUUUAAUGAAACUGAAGAGAUGACAGUAAACUGCAAAUCCGGCCAUCACGAAUGCAGGAACAAACAACUUUUGUUGUUUUCAUUAUUUUUCUAGUUUCAUUGCUCCCAUCACUCUGAUGGGCUCAUUAUAUGAACCUUAUGCAAGAGCCACAGCAGUAUUAAUUAGUGUUUUGUUUUGUCUUUUAUUGGCAGCUUGAUCCAAAGUUCAGGUUAGAGAAUUUUCUGAGGUGUUAAAACUGAAAAACAAACGAACAAGAGACUUUGACAAAACUUUAAUGCCCACUGUGUAGAGGACUAACUGCGAACACAUACUAUAUCAUGCACUUUCCAUUAGCGUUUGGAGUGAAUAGAAAAUGACCCUAAUGUCCAUCCUAUUACUGUAGGUCAGUUGAGGAUGUCAGCUUAGAGUUCAUGUGUAUAUAGAAACCUGAUGUGCAUGUUACAGGAAUCUGAAGAUGUAUUCAGCUUGUUGUAAACAGAACCACCAACUGAAUUGUAUUUUAGUCCACUUUUAUUGCUGUAUAGACUAAGUCUGCUCGAGUGCAGGUAAGAUAUUUCCUACCUGGAAGUUUGAUUGUUUUAUUUUGCCUGACAUUCAACUGACUUGUAAAUGUCUCACUUGUAUUUUUUGUUAAAGUUGUGAGUGGUGUAAAAUUUAGAUUCUGACUGACUUUAAAUAUUUAUGACCAGGUU